AUGGCCAAGUCAAAGAACUCGUCUCAGCACAACCAGUCGCGGAAGGCUCACCGCAACGGUAUUAAGAAGCCCAAGACCUCAAGGUACCCCUCGCUCAAGGGUACCGACCCCAAGUUCCGCCGCAACCACAGGCACGCGCUGCACGGAACAGCCAAGGCUAUUAAGGAGUUCAAGGAGGGCAAGCGAGAGACGGCUUGA